CAGGUCCAAGAUGGCGGCGGCGGCGGCCGGCUCCUCCGGCCCCAUCCCCCGCCGCCCCCCUGCCCCGGCGGGCCCGCGGUGCCCGGGCUUCCUGGCCCAACUUUGCGUCGUCUGCUCCUUCCUCGAGCGCUACGGGGCCCUGCUGGAACCUGCCCGAGCGCCUUCCCCGAGCUGGAGCGCGUCCUGCAAACCGCCGCAGGAGCCCGGAGACCAGGUUCCAAAAGAAUUGGUGGAGCUUCACUUGAAACUGAUGAGAAAGAUUGGGAAGUCUGUCACAGCAGACAGAUGGGAAAAAUAUUUGAUCAAGAUAUGCCAAGAAUUCAACAGCACUUGGGCUUGGGAGAUGGAAAAAAAAGGAUACCUAGAAAUGAGUGUUGAGUGCAAACUGGGAAUUCUGAAGUAUCUCUGUGAAUGUCAGUUUGAUGACAAUCUCAAGUUUAAGAAUAUCAUUAACGAGGAGGAUGCUGAUGCCAUGCGUCUGCAGCCCAUUGGUCGGGACAAGGAUGGCCUGAUGUACUGGUAUCAACUGGAUCAAGAACAUAAUGUCAGGAUGUACAUAGAAGAACAGGAUGACCAGGAUGGAUCCACAUGGAAGUGCAUUGUUAGAAACCGCAAUGAGCUUGCCGAGACCCUUGAGCUCUUGAAAGCACAAAUUGAUCCUGCCCUGUUGAAAAAUAACAAUUCUCAGCAGGAGAACUCAUCACGUGAAAGUCCAAGCAUAGAAGAUGAAGAUGCCAAAAAGGGUGAAGAAGCAGCUACACAAGAAAAUCAGUUAAAAAUCAAAGAAGAAAAAGAGCAGGUGGAGGAACAGUCAGUGGAAUCAGAAAGCCUUCCUCCUCCUGUGGUCAAAGAAGAUGAAAAUAUGCUGAAAAUUGAGAAAGUGGAAGAAAAAGAAAUUAUAAAAUUGCCAGUAAUAGUAAAAUUAGAGAAACCUUCAGAACACAAUGAAGAAAAGCAAACUGUCAAAGAAGAAAGUGACUCCUUUAAAGAAAAUGUCAAACCUGUUAAAGUAGAGGUAAAGGAAAACAAAACAGAACCCAAAGACCUAAAAGAAGUAAAAAGCUGUUCGGACAAAAUAGCAGUUCAUGAGCCAGAGAGGCUAGAAUUUUGUGUUAAUGUCAAAACUCCCCAAGAAAUUGUGGAGAAGUCUGUGGAAGAAAGCGAAAAACUUAAAAAUGACCAGCAGGCAAAAAUACCACUUAAAAAGCGAGAGAUCAAGCUGACGGAUGACUAUGACAGUCCAAUAAAGGGGCCCCUGUGUAAAUGUGUUACUCCAACAAAGGAUGUCUUGAAGGAAGAAGGGAAACCAGAAGAAGAAGCUUUUAAGAGAGUCCCUACAAUUACUGCUUUGUGUCCUGACGGGAAAGUACUAGUAAAUGGAGAGGUUAGCUGUGAAAAAAUAACCCCGAGUGUCAUACAAAACAAUAAGUCAGAACACUCUGCUGGUGCAAAAGAAGACAGCAGCUCACUGAAAGAGAAAAAUGGAAAAAGUGGGGAAAACCUAUCAGACUCCCUAAACUCUAUAAAAACGUGUGAGAUUGAGAAAAAUUCUGUAAGUGUGCUGAAAGAGAUUGGGGCUGUGGUCUCUGACGUUUCUAAUCAGAAAGUGCCUUCAAAGGAGGAAUCUAGUCCUGUGGAAAAAGAGUCCCUUGACAGCGCAACUACUGAAACAGUAGCAGAAGAGUCUUCGAACUCUGAAGACUGUGCCAAAACAACUGAAGAGAAACCAGCAACCAAUAUCAAGGAGGACAGCCCACUGCCUCCCAAAGAAUGUUCAGAGAAGCUGGAGACACCCCCAAGUGCAUCUGCUCCUGAAGAACUACCCACGCUUGCACUGGCUGAUGAAGAGACUUUGGAAAGUAAAGGUGAGUCUGAGGAGAAAACUGAUUCUCCAAAAGCUGCUGAGGUACCUCCUGCAUCUGCUUCUCCUGUUACUGUGGAGAAACCUGUUUUGGAAAAGGAGGACUCUGAUAGUAAAAUGGCUCUACCUGAGGAGAGCAAAGUAGAAGAAAAAUCCAGCCUUGAAAAACAAGAGGAAGAGCCAAAUACCGCCAAAACAGAGCCAGAUGGAUUAGGUGAUGCUCAUGCAUCUAAUCUAGAGGACUCCUCAGAGAGCAAAAAGGAAUCUCCACUACCUAGAAGCAAAUUUAAAUAUAAGCUAGUUUCUGAAGAAGAAAGCUGUGCAACAGAGAACAAGGAAAUAACUUCUGAAAGACAGAAAGAAGGAAUUAAAUUAACAAUCAGGAUCUCUAGUCGGAAGAAAAAGACAGAAACACCGCCAGAAGAGGUCAGCAUUGGCCGCACAUUAAGGCGCUCUCCAAGAAUAUCCAAGCCUACUCCAAAAGUUGCGGAGACUCGGGAUCAGAAGACUGAGAAGAAGCGAACUGAAGAGGAAGAGGAGAAACCUACAGCAGCACAAAAAGCAGAACGAAAAGAAGAUGCAAAAAAACAAGAGAAGGAGACAAAUUCUAAGGUUAACAAGAAAAGCAAAGUUCGGUGGACCGGUACACGAACACGUGGCAGGUGGAAAUACUCAAGUAAUGAAGAAAGUGAGGACUCAGAGAGCGAAAAAAACUCCGAUGAGGAGGAAGAAGAGGAAGAAGAGGAGGAAGAAGAAGUUGCACCUGCUGAUGACGAUGAGCCGUGCAAGAAGUGUGGCCUUCCCAAUCACCCUGAGCUGAUUUUGUUGUGUGACUCUUGUGACAGUGGAUACCACACAGCCUGCCUUCGCCCUCCACUGAUGAUAAUCCCUGAUGGAGAGUGGUUCUGCCCACCGUGCCAGCAUAAAUUACUCUGUGAGAAAUUAGAAGAACAAUUACAAGAUCUGGAUGUUGUCUUAAAAAAGAAGGAACGUGCGGAACGCAGGAAAGAGCGAUUGGUGUAUGUGGGUAUCAGUAUCGAGAACAUCAUUCCACCUCAGGAGCCAGAAAUACCUGAAGGUCAGGAAGAAAAGAAGAAAGAUUCCAAAAAGCCCAAAUCAAAACUGCUUGAAAGGAGAUCUACCAGAACUCGAAAGUGCAUAAGCUACAGGUUUGAUGAAUUUGAUGAGGCAAUUGAUGAGGCAAUUGAAGAUGAUAUCAAGGAAGCUGAUGGAGGAGGCAUUGGCAGGGGCAAAGACAUGUCAAAUAUCACCGGUCACCGUGGAAAAGACAUUUCCACAAUCCUAGAGGAAGAAAGGAAGGAAAGCAAGCGACCACAAAGGGCUGCUGCAGCACGACGCAAGAAACGACGGCGACUAAAUGACUUGGAUAGUGACAGUAAUCUGGAUGAAGAAGAGAGUGAGGAUGAAUUCAAGAUCAGUGAUGGAUCUCAGGAUGAGUUUGUUAUAUCAGAGGAAAAUCUGGAUGAAAGUGAAGAUGACCCACCAUCAAACGAGGACAGUGAUUCAGAGUUCUGUGCCCGCAUAUCCAGGCGACACCUCUCCAGGCCCAUGAGGCAAAGCAGGAGGUUACGAAGGAAAACAGCCAAGAAAAAAUACUCUGAAGAUGAUGAAGAUGAAGAUUCUGAGGAAAAUUCAAGCAGAGAGUCUGAGAGUGGUGAGUACACAGAUUACAGUGAUGAUGAUUACCUGGAAACUAGGAGGAGAAGAUCAAGACGGAAUCAGAAGAGACAAGUUAAUUAUAAGGAAGAUUCAGAAAGUGAUGGCUCACAGAAAAGUGUCCGAUAUGGGAAGGAGUUAAGAAGAGUUCACAAGCGCAGGCUCUCCACUUCAGAUAGUGAAGAGAGCUACACAUCUAAGAACUCUGAAGAUGAUGAAUCCACAAAGGAGUCGAAGCGAUUGAUUCGAAAACGUCGGCGGAGCACAGACGACUAUUCCGAGGAAGAAGGAGAGGACGAGGAGGAGGAAGGGAAGCCUGUCCGCAAACGGCUGAAUCGAAUCGAGACAGAUGAGGAAGAUAACUGCGAAAAUGCCAACGAGGACACAGAAACCCCCGCUCCUGCAAACAAGCUGCCAGCAGCACAAGCUGCUCAAGACAACCCCAAGAAGCACUGCUACCGGAUAGAAAGUGACGACGAAGAUGACUUUGAUAACGUAGGGAAAGUAGAGAGCCCUUUGGACUACAGCUUGGUGGACUUGCCUUCCACCAACGGACAGAGCCCAGGGAAAACCAUUGAGAACUUGAUUGGCAAGCCAAGCGAGAAGACCCAGGCCCCCAAGGACAGCACAGCCAGCGCCAGCCUGGCGCCCAACGGGACAGGGAGUGGGCAGGAGGCAGUAGGGCCAGAGGAAGAUGAAGAUGAACUUUUGAGAGUGACUGACCUUGUUGAUUACGUCUGUAACAGUGAACAGUUAUAAGACUUCCAUUUUUGUGCUAAUUUAUUCCACGGUAGCUCAUACCAGCGGGCCAGUUAUUAAAAGCUGUUUUAUUUUUCCUAGAAAAUUCUCCACUACAGUAUCACUUUCUAGAAGCAAGAAUUUCACCAGUCCUGCAGUCUUUCUGUGAAGUGACCAGUUUUGAACUUUGAAGAUUAAUUGCUGUAAAUUCCCUCUCAUACCCCCCCUUCUCCUUCCAAGUCCAUGGUCCUGGGUAAUUUCACUCACAAAAACCUUAUAACAACAAGAGAUUUGUAUAUUUUUGACUUUAUAUUUCCUGAGUGCAUACAAAUUUGUGGAAAUGGGUGGCCUAAGAAAGCAUUCCAAAUCAGUCAGGGCCCAAACCGGAACUGGGGUGGGUUUGGCUCAAGGGGUGGGAGGAUGGGAGGGGGGUGGUGCAGAAGCACUUGUGCUUUAGCUUUUUCAUAUGAGAUAUAUAUUAUAUUUAAAUGUUCACAACUUAGAUUACAACUUAACAGACAGUUAAAAGCAAAAUUAAUGUCUGUACUGUCGCAUUUUGUGAGUUGUAGGUUAACAUACCAUAGCUCAUUUUAGUAAUCACCUUCAUGGAAGCAGUUCGAUUUUAAUACUGGAGGCAAACAGAAUUAUUAGAGGCCAAGAAGGUACCAUAAACAAGAACUCUGCUAUCCAUUAUGACUUGCAGACUUUCCUAAUAAACAUCCUUUAAAGUGUUUGUACAGUGAAGUGUACUGUAAUGAAGUUUUUGACAGUCAAAACACACUAGCCAUGAAUUUCUAAAGCGAUCUCAUGCUCAGUUCAUCAGGUAGUCUUCGAUGCACAGUGUCUAGUGGGAGGACGUAUCGAUGUCAAGUUAGUCUGUAAGUUGGAUGUCAAGUAAGUCUGUAAGUGCUGCAAACCUUUUACAGACAAAAGAACCCUGCGGUAGCUGCCCGGCCACACGAGUUUCACCAUCCGUCGGAGUGUUCUGAACAAAAUGUGUUUGUGCAAACGGCAUUGACCACAGAGUGACAGUGCAUCAGAGGAUGGAGGGAUUAUCAAAUAAACCGUGACUGGUCCAUUCAUGCCCUUAAUAUCUACUUCAAAUUGAAGUAAUCAAAUGGAACAGUUUUCCUUUUGGAGGUUUCCUGUCUGGGGUUUUAUGUGUGUUUUUGUUUUGAUUUUACUUAUCUGCCUGGAUGUAUUAGCAGGUUUUUGAAUGUAGUUGUUGGCCUUUGGCCAUUAGAAUUUUCUUACAUUUUAAUAACUGUCAUGUGACCAACUGAUUUCAAGAAGGCAGUGUUUCUGAGAGAAAACGCCUGACUCCAAGACAUCUCACCAACUUUUGAGCGGGCAUAAUGAUACAUGCUUUUAUUCAAGGAAAAAAAAAGCCAAUGGAAGAAAAAAAAACAAAACAAACCAAUAUGGGGCAUAUCAAGAGCAUUCAGUUUUCUCUUUACUCUGAUUAAGAUGCAGGCUGUAGCAUUUAUACGUGCUACAGCACACAGAUAACUCAAACAGAUCUGCCGAACAUUGAAAUCCAAAAAGGUCACAUCUAUUAAUCCUUUUGCUCUGAGAUUUGGAUUUUUGACUGGUGUUUAUGUCCAUUGCCGGCAAUGGAUGCACCAAAACUGCUGCUGCCACCGAGGAGUGAGUUCUCCUUUCCUGCCCCACCUGAUUCCCUUCCAUUAUAUUGUAUUUACUAGUCAGUCAUUAAGCACUUCUUUUCUUGUAAUAAAACCAGCAUUAGGCCUUUACUGAAUACCUCUCUAGAAAACCUAGAUCCAAAAAUUACCUGCUUUUUAGCCUUUAAAGUCUUGGUUUUGUUUCCCCACCUCUUUCUCCACGAGGUCUAUCAGAACCACUCCAUGACUCGUUUGGGUUCUAGCAGUGCACAUAUCGUGCUAAAAAACUAGGAUCAAGAAGAUGCAAAAAGAUGGAACUUGCUCUUUAUCUGCUGUGCUACGCAAGCUUGUGAUUUAAGAAAAACAAACAAGAGAAAUCACUCUCUAAAUGAGAAUUUAAUUUCAUCAAAGAUUAAAUAUUUUCCUACCUUACUGAUGUUAACAAUUAACAGUUAAAUGAUUAAAACAGGGUAGUGAAAAGCCGCAGAAACUUACAAUGAGUUCUUAAAAGCAUAUGUAGCGUUUUAAGCUACUGUAGUGCUUUGCUUUGCUUAGGUGACCCAUAAAUGUAGUGCGUCUACAUUUCUAAUAUACUUGUGUUUUAGAACAAGUAAGAACAUACGGCUUCCACUUGUCCAUGGUAGUAGCUGCUGAGCAUUUUUAAUACUUGCAGUGCAAACUGAUUCACGUGCAGCAACAGCGUGCAACCGAUGGUUUCUGAUUUGUUUUGGCAGUGCCAUAUUUUUCUUUGCUGCCUGAUGGAGCCUUUUAGUAUCUGAUCAGUGCUGUAGCAAACAUUCUUGCUUGUAGAGUCAACCCUAAAUGUUCAAUACCUAGUGACCAAGUAAUUGUGAAUGUAGGAAAAUACAAAAGACUUACAGUACUGGAUACACCAGUCGGGGAAAAAAAAUUGAGUACUGAGUUAGGGAGUGAUGUAAAAGCAGGAAAGACCAAGAAACAGAAUGGGAGCAUUGAAGCUUGCAUCAGGAGUGUUGUAUUUUAAAAGUGACCAGUUGUUACCAAAUUUUACUUUCUCUAGGUCACUUCUCAAAAACAACUUUUCUGUCUUCUAGAAUUCACCCUUGGUACCUGAGCUGGCUUUAUCCCACAGGAUCUAGAGUUCCUCCUUAGAUCCUGUGGGAAUGGUGUGCAAGAUAAAACUGCAAAAAAUGCCCUGGAAAGUGUUACCAUUUUAAAACACUUAUCUCAUUUCUAAGGCCUCCUGCUUGAUGGAAAAUGAACAGUCUCCUAUUUGGGAAGAUGACAUUUUCCGACAUGAGGCCAGCUGACUGCCACAGAGGGUUCAUUCUGUUACAGUACGUGUAUGUACCAGAGUGGAAAUGUCUUCCUGGUGUCCUCACAUUCCUGUGCCCUUCUGUGCUCCUUGUGAGAUCAGAAAUUAACUGCCUUUGAGGAGGGAUCUUCAGGUGUAGCUUUGGGCUUAGAGAAAGCUCAAACCAUACAAGAAACAGGGAAAACAGGCCAGGGAUUUUUUUAACAUGAUGGAUUUAGAAGUACUAGAACAAGCAGCUAUCGGCUGAACAUACAAAGCAUUUAUUCAACAAACUCUUGUUUAUUCCACACAGAUUGUCACUAGAAGCUUUGUCUUUUUUUAACUACAAACUCUUCUAACUGACUGGGAGAAGAAUGAAUGCCUGAGUAGCAUUGCUGAGGGGAAGAACAUAUAAAUUGAGCGGAAGAUUGGACUCUUUUUGUGUCACCAGUAUAGAUGCUGGAUAUUUGCUUUCUUGCAUGGGACUUGUGUGACUGUCAGCAACACAAAGUGCACAAGUAGCUCCACUGUGCAAUUAAUGAAUGUGGUGCAUUAAUAUAAGCAGAAGGGUGGUAGUGAUAAGAACUGGGUUUCACCAUGGUUGCUGUCUUCUAAUUGUUGAGUCUGAUAAACCUGAGCAUCGUUUUGAUUUAGAAAUGGAAAAUGACAUCAUCAAAACAACUCAUAGCACUGAAAUCUUGUAGGAAGGUCAGUACUGAACAAUCAACUUUUUGAUAGUUUAAUUUCCUACAUCUUGAAUUACAUUAUAAAAUUACUGCAUCUUCCUGAUUAUUUUUUGAAUGAAAAGAUUGCUCUGUUCUAGCAGCACUUGAGAGAAACAAGAGAUGCUUUUUUCUAAAUUGCUCAUUUAUGAAGUACGUCACCUUCAAGAUUUCUUUGUAUUAAGUGUCUCAGUUACUCUUCCUAUCAUAGGAGCUAAUGACUUAGCUGGAUUUGUUUUGUUUUCUGUUCACCUCUGUUUUCUAAUUGCUGUGAGACCUUACUCAAAGAAACUCUAGGGGAAAAAUGUAUAUUCACAAAAGAAAAAUUGUAUGGUAGUGGUACACUUGUUCUGAUUUCUCUUCACAUCUGUCAUUUGAACUACAUUGGUAUCCAGAUGCUGCAACUGUUUAAUAAUUCUAAUCAUUCAUUGUCAGGGUGUCCAUUUUAUACCUCUCUUUUCAGGUGCUUAUAACUUGGUUUUCAGUGUUCUUCAGCAGGAAAUCCUGGUCUAAACUUUCCAAUAAUCAUUUCCAAUCACAUAUUUUCAAAAACUCCUUUUACAAAAAGUAAGUGAGGAAUUUUUAUAGCACCUGUUUUUUUAAAUUCACUUUGUACACAGUGAUUUAAAUAAAUCAUGGCAGUAAUACUUGCCCCAAGAACUGGUCUGACGAAAGAGAUUUGUAUCAUCUCAUUCAAAAUGGCAAUAUAUAGGCCUUGAAAAUUGGUUUUGGUACAUGUGCAGUGGCUACUGUUCACAGGCUUGUAAUAUGGUUCUGAUGUGCAGCGUGCACCCUUAGCUAUGUAUUUACAUUUGAUGUAUGCUUCCGAUUUGGUGGGUAUAUAAAAUCCUUAAAUAUAUAUAAAUAUAUAUAAAAGAUCAAGUACUUCAACCAAGACAGUAACUUUGGGAAAAACAUUGUGUUGAGUAUGGUGGGGGAAACUCUAGAAAUGGAAGAGCAGAAUUUUGCAAUUCCUUAAGUGUUUAGAACGUACAUACAUAUAUAGAAGCAUUUAGGAUAUUGUCUGAAGUAAGGAUUUACAGGAUCAAGACCACAUUUCCUGUUAGUUUCUUCUUCCUCCCCUUCCCUAACAGCUGGGAUGGGAACUAUAUCUCACUUGAAACACUGGAAGGCGGAAAGUAGAAAAAAUCCAACAGACAUGAUCAUUUUCCUUCUGGUAUAUAUUGAUGUUAGAAAAAUUCUGUGACUAAUUUUUGAUGUUUUACAGUUGAGUUCCCAAUCUGAGAUCUAACAGAGAACUCUGGCUUCAGAAAUAUUUACUAGUUGGAAAUUAUUUCUGAAUCUGGACACCCUGCAGUUGGGGUGUUGAGGAUUACCAGUCACUUCAGAAAGUCACUUCACUUAUUGAGCUCUUCUUUUAGAUUAGGUGUAACUAACUGAGAUAGUUCCUAACAACAAAAACGUGUGCUUGGGAAUUGAUUGUCCUGACACUUCAGAGUAAUUUAACUUACUUUGUGUAUUGCAAAAGAUGUAUAUUGCUAGUAUGACACUUAAAAGAACAAAAAAAAAAGAUUGUGUAGAGGUUCUGGGGGAAAGAACAGAACACUCUAAAGUAGGUAAGUUUUUAUAAUUGAAUCUGUGGUGUAAAGCCUCCAGAUUCAACUGCAAUUAAAAACAAGUCCUACAGCUUCGGUUUUUGACUGUCAUUUCGUAAAUGCUGGCACCCCACACCUGAGCUGAGCAGCAGGAGAGGGGACAGUACUGCAGUUAGAGGGCGCAUGUGUGCCUGUAAGUAUCUACUAUUGCUACAUAUAACCCCAAAGGUUGCUACCAAGGGCUGAACAACGGAGGGGCUCUGUUGUUCGGUUGGUUUACUUUGUGCACUUUGCAGCACUUUGUGUAUAGUCGGUCUCACUGGUUCCCCAGGUGCAGACGGAGUCACUUGCUCCUGCUGUUUGGAUGCUUGUUCAAAUAGCAGAAGGAGAUGGGGAAUGGAUGGAGGGAAGUGGAGCAGAAAAAUGUGUAUGCAAACCCAUGCCAUUUGCAAGACAGGCCUAAAAACUACUUGUGACUUGCCCUUUAAAGACUGUAUUUCCAAUGGAAGGUCUCCAUUUAGGAGAAACAUCCCAAUUACCCUCCUCUUCUCAUCCUGACCUUCAAAGUAACUGGAAAAUAUACUUGAGGUCUCCUUCCUUGAAGGAAUAGAUAAUGUUCCAUCAGUGCAAUGUGGAUGUGGAAAAAAUCAGGAUCAGUCUAUAGAAUAUUAUGACAAUGUUUGCCUCUGGGGACGUUGGUCCACACGGUUUGCUUUCUUGUUUGUUCCCUUUACUGUGUCCCACACAACUGAACUUAGAUUAGUCUGUCAGAACUUGACUUAAAUGAUUCUACGGGGAUAAAGUCCUUCUAUGAAAACAUACGAUAAGCCUAGUUAUCAGUGCACUGUUUGUUAGUUAGAUCAGUUAAAAGUCAUUAAUAGAUAUUAAUCUGCUACUCAGGGUAGUGGUAGAAAAGGAAAUCAAAUCAUAAAACUGUAAGCCUUGUUUAGUUUGCCAUUUUUUACCCGUUAUAUGGACUCUAAAAUCUUGUACAGUGUCUUAUUCCUAUCCUAUAUUCAUUCAAAUGAUACUCCCCCAAACUUGCAUUAAAUCGAUGUGUUGUCAAUGCCAAUGUGGCUGCUUGUUCCUGCCCAUUUUCCACAGUCCUCCCGCUGCAGCCAGGAGAGGGAUGUGACCGGUUCAAACGCAUAAUGUCACCAUUCCUGCUGUGCACAGCGGUUCUCACAUGGGCACAGAUCCUAUACAUUAGACAAACGUCAGGUAUUUUCAGUGUCCUGGGUAACAUAGAACAGGUCCCUUGCCAGCAGAAUGGUUACCCUCCAAUAUUCUGUGAGAACUGGAUCAAAUCUGCCAGACAGGUCUCUUUAAUACACUUUCAUGAAAUACAGUUUUGUCUUACUCCUGGGUGCUGUUUGUUUGCAAAGAAAUCUUGAGUUCCUUAAAAAUGGUCUCCUUCACGGCUGGCCUCAUUUUUUAUUUUCUUUCUCUAAAGAAUUAACACAGUGAAGUUCCACAAGCUGAGCUCUUUAUGUAGAGUUUAACCCUUGCGUUUCUUGAGUCCUGAACUUUGGUUUUCUUCAGUCUCUCUUCAAUCAUGACUUGCUACAAUAUCAAAGGGAAAGGACCGAGGGGACACACACUGUGUGUGUGGGAAGGGGGGGAGAUAUGUUGAAAAAACUGGAAGUGUUAUUCUUGUUGCACAUAAAUUGGGUGGUGCUUUCACUGUCUUUUCCCUCCCACCAGUAAUACCACGUGCAUGUAAAACAUGCUGCGUUUAAACUUUUUUAAAUGGAAGUCAUGGUGGCCUCAGUGCUCAAAGGGUUAACUGCAGUUUAAUAACAGCUAAUGUUUUUAGAUUUGCAGUACACAACUGUUUAAAUACUGUAUUCCUUGUAAAUGAAGUAAAAAAAAAUGUUAAGGCUGGUGCCAAUAUUUUUGUUAAUGAAUUGUUCAGCGUUGUCUCUCACUACAGUCUGGUCAGAACUCUUUGUCUAUAAGCUGGGCCUGAAGCCAUUUUAUAGCUUGUAGGCCUAAUUGUGUAACUUUUCUUUCAUAAUGGUUUUGUUAUAAUAUCUACUGUCAUUUCUUUCAUAUAAAUAUGACAUGUAAAUUGUCAUAAUAAAAAAAAUUGAAAU